AUGUUGGUGUUUGUGGUCAGCUUUGCCACCUUGCUUUGCACGGCCGCCGCACGGCCUUCGCUCAACUACCUGGAGAGUCACUUCGCCGCCGAGAACGAGUCCGAGGAGGUCCGCUCCGCUGCCAUCAAGAGACUGUUGGAGGUGUUUGGGAUGGAGGACCCCCCUGCUAUCCAUGGACACAAGCAGCCACCGCAGUACAUGCUUGACCUGUACAACACGGUUGCUGAUGUGGACGGUGUGACCAAGGACCCGUAUCUUCUGGAGGGGAAUACUGUGCGCAGUUUCUUUGACAAAUUGCGAAGUGAGCAGGUGGAGUUCAGGUUCAAUCUGUCCACGGUUGCAAGAACAGAGAAGAUUCUGACUGCAGAGCUCCAUCUGUUCAAGCUGCGACCUCAGGCCACAAUGACAUUCAACAGGCAUCACUUCUGCCAAGUUAGCGUUUAUCAGCUGCUUGACACCACCAAAACCAACAACACACAGGAGAAGAAGUUGCUGUCUUCUCGGCUCAUCCCAGUGCACUCUACUGGUUGGGAGGUGUUCACCAUCACACAAGCAGUUCGCUCCUGGAUGGUGGACGAAGGCAGCAACCUGGGACUCCAUGUGGUGGUUCAGACCCUGGGAGGGAGCCAGAUGGAUAUGAAACUGAUCCGCUUUGCCUCAGGACGCAACCACCACCAGAGCAAGCAGCCCAUGCUGGUCCUCUUCACUGAUGACGGCCGCCGCUCUGCUACUCUUGAGAGCACAGACCCAAACGAUACCGCGGCCACUUCCAGCCUGCCCCAUGCGUCCAUGUCGGGUCCAUCCUCCCGCAGCGCCCGCUCCCUGGACUACAGCGAGGAGGAAGGUGUGUCUCUGUCCUGCCAACGCCUGCCUCUCUAUGUUGACUUUGAGGAGAUCGGCUGGUCAGGCUGGAUUGUCUCUCCCAGGGGUUACAACGCCUACCACUGCAAAGGCUCCUGCCCCUUCCCUCUGGGUCAGAACAUGAGGCCAACCAACCAUGCCACCGUCCAGUCCAUCAUCAACGCCCUGAAGCUGAUCAAAGGCAUCGAGACGCCGUGCUGUGUGCCAGACAAGCUCUUCUCCAUCAACUUACUCUACUUUGACGAUGAUGAGAAUGUGGUGCUGAAGCAGUAUAAUGACAUGGUGGCCGGAAGCUGUGGCUGCCAUUGA